GGCACCACCACCUUCCACUCUUCACAACAACUCUUGACGCAUCUCACAACUUAAUAGACAAGAGCAACAAGGCGACAGACACCGCCGCUACCACCACCUGUAACGACCAGCCCUCACUCAGCCCUAACCCCCAAAACCGAUCGACCACAAUGGCAUCGGCUGCUGCCCCCUCCCUCGCCGCUGGCCCGGGCCUCUCCAUCUCGGACUCGUCGUUCAACGACAAGGGCAAGCCCACCGAGGUCCGCCUGUCCAACAUGAACGCCGCAAAGUCCGUUGCCGACGCCGUGCGCACCUCGCUCGGCCCCAAGGGAAUGGACAAGAUGAUCACGACCGGCUCGGGCGAGGUGGUGAUUACCAACGACGGCGCGACUAUCCUCCAGCACAUGGCCGUGCUCCACCCCGCUGCGCGCAUGCUCGUCGAGUUGUCAAAGGCCCAGGACAUUGAGGCGGGAGACGGAACAACCUCGGUCGUCGUCCUCGCCGGCUCGCUGCUCUCGGCUGCCGAGAAGCUGCUGUCGCAGGGUAUCCACCCCACCACAAUAGCAAAUGCCUUCCAGAGCGCGGCGGCCAAGGCUGUCGAGUUCCUCGAGCAGAUGUCGACCCCUGUCGACCUCAACGACAAGGAGGCCCUCCUCCGCGCCGCGAGCACCUCGCUCAACUCCAAGAUCGUGUCCCAGUACUCCUCCACCCUCGCCCCCAUCGCUGUCCAGGCCGUCACCCGUCUCGUCACCCCCACUUCGUCCAACGUUGACCUCCGCGACAUCCGCCUCGUCAAGAAGGUCGGCGGCACGAUCGAGGACACUGAGCUUGUCGAGGGCCUCGCCCUCAAGCAGCCCGUCAUGGCCAACGCCGGUGGCCCCUCGCGCAUGGAGAAGGCCAAGAUUGGUCUCAUCCAGUUCCAGCUCUCGUCGCCCAAGCCUGACAUGGACAACCAGAUUGUUGUCAACGACUACCGCCAGAUGGACAAGAUCCUCAAGGAGGAGCGUCAGUACCUGCUCAACCUGUGCAAGCGCAUCAAGAAGACUGGGUGCAACGUUCUUCUUAUCCAGAAGUCUAUCCUCCGCGACGCCGUCACCGACCUGUCGCUCCACUUCCUCGCCAAGCUCAAGAUUGUCGUCAUCAAGGACAUUGAGCGCGAUGAGAUUGAGUUUAUUGCCAAGUCGACUGGCGCCAAGCCCGUUGCCGACAUUGAGGCGUUCACUGCCGACAAACUCGGAGACGCCGAGCUUGUCGAGGAGGCGUCGCUGCACGGUGCCAAGGUCGUCAAGAUUACUGGUGUCAAGAACCCCGGCAGGACAGUGUCGAUCGUGUGCACUGGCCAGAACGAGCUUGUGCUCGAGGAGAGCGAGCGUUCGCUGCACGACGCUCUCUGUGUCGUCCGUUGCCUGGUCAAGAAGCGUGCGCUUAUUGCCGGUGGCGGUGCUCCCGAGAUCCACCUCUCGCGCCUGCUGACGCAGUACGCCGAGACGCUCAAGGGCAAGGAGGCAUACUGCUACAAGGCGUUUGCCGAGGCGCUCGAGGUCAUCCCCACGACGCUGGCCGAGAACGCCGGUCUCAACCCCAUUGCCAUUGUCACCGAGCUGCGCAACAAGCACGCUCUGGGUGAUGUCAACGCGGGUAUCAACGUCAAGAAGGGCAUCGUGUCCAACAUUCUGGCCGAGAACGUUGUCCAGCCCCUCUUGGUGUCGACGUCGGCGAUCGAGCUGGCCGCUGAGACGACGGCCUUGUUGCUCAAGAUUGACGACAUUCAGUUUGUGCGCUAGGCGCGGGGUUGUGGUGUGCGCGCGUGGGCGCGUGGGCGUAGUGGUGCAGUAGAGUAGAUCCAAUGCAUAUGUGC